AUGGAUUGGAUGAAGCACCUCCAAAUAUUACGAAGCACUUUUCCAGCCUUGUUGAGAGCAGAGAACUGUCAGUGUCACAUCAUUCUUACAUCCAGGCAAGAGGGCAGUGCUAAGAUAAGCAAGUUUUGUGACACCUUGUUUCAAAUAGAAGGAUUUGCUUCAGAGAAUUCUCACAAUUACAUCAAGCAUUACUUCAAAGACUUGGAGGCUCAAGGACAAAAACUUUUGAAUGAUAAAGAACAAAAUAUCGAACUUGAAGAGCUGAUUGUGAAUCCCUUAUUCACAGCAAUGCUCUGUCUUGUUUAUGAGGAUUUAGAAGGUAGUCUGCCUUUGAGCAAGACUCAGUUGUAUCUUGAUAUCACAGAAAGCAUUCUUGAGAGAUUUUGCCAAAAGCAAGGGUUGUCUCACAAUAAUGUCAACCUGGCUGAAGUUUACAAGGAAGAGCUGGAACAUCUGGGAAGAAAUGCCUUGGAUAUCUUGAAAAGAGAUAAGAUGCACAUUGAAGAGGGUGAAUUUACAGAUAUAAUGAGAAAAUCACCUCUGUUUGAAUUUUUGUCAGUUCAGUCUAACAACAGCGAAAUGAGAUUCCAUACAUACUAUGAAUUUUCACAUAAGAGUAUUCAAGAAUUCUUUGCAGGUCUUGAUCUUUCUGACCAAAUUUUAGAAGGGGAGAUAGACUUUGAGAGACUGCUUGCAAACGAAGAAAGAAACUUAAAGGCCGUUGAACCAGUUCUUUUGUUCACUGCUGGUAUUCUUGGCCAUAAAAGUGGAAAUAAUGCCUUGUCUCUUUUAAAAGUCAUUAUCAAGAGAACAAAUCUUUUCAAAAACUUGUGUUUUCCAAGUUUUUAUCUUUGUUUUGCUUUAAAGUGCAUUGGCGAAUGCUCCACAGAAGAUUCAAGACUGCGAUUAUUGGGUGCAAACCUAGAGCCUCAAGCCUUGAUGAUAAGUGAUGACAGCUUCCCUGUUAAGUAG